AAAAAAUCAAUUCUCUAAGUGAAUUCAAUUAAAAAUAUGAAAAUCCCAGAGAAAAAUAAUUUUUAAGAAAUAAAAUGCUCUACGUGACUUCAGAAUUGAACAUUUGGUGUGGAGUUGAAAGAAUAUCGAAAAAUCGCGAAAUGUGAAUGAUUUUGCGAGUGUUUCUACGAUAUUUCGACAUAUGACAAGAGCAUAGAAUAUUCCAAACCAUUUCGCCUCUUCCCCAGGAGAUAAAAAACACUUGAGACGUAUAAAGACCCCGAUAAGGCAUCGAGCUUAAGCUGUCAAUAAUGAUGACGAGUAAGACACUAGGUACAUAUGUAAACUCUUUGUCGACUCGUCAUUAUUUCCACAAUCAGUCUGCACGUUGACACCGUGCGAUGCGCAUAAUUUAUUUUUACUAUCGCCUCAGUGCCCCCCACUCCAUUGCAAACGAAUUUAUUUAUAUAAAACAAUCCCCAAUGUUAUAGAGAAAGGAGAACUUGCCAGAGGAGGAAAAAUUCUACUUCUCAAUUGUAAUUAUGGUGAUUGAGUUCUUCAUAAUUAAUUAAUGAUUGAUAUGAAUAAUUUAUAAACACGUGUUGACUUAUGUUUUGUAAAUAAGAAACUAAAGGAAAUCCAGAGAGAAAAAUCAGUCUAUCUGGUUUACUCUGGGAGAAUAAUUGUUUUCAAGUGAAUUUAUGGAAUCUCUGGUGUUCCAUUUGGUGAAUUAUUGUUAAGUUCUGAUAAUUAUUGUGUUAAUUACUCUGGAGGGGAGGGAGAGGAUGGCGACGACUCCACUGACGAUGGAAAUCAUGGAUGAUGGACGCCGUCCCAUAGACUGGGCUCCGAGGAAACUGGAGUGUUCGGGUCCCCUGCGUCUAGCUCGUCUCUGCAUCCUGGGGAUGCUGCUCCCUGCAAUUUUAGUUGCAGGCCCUGUUUACCUGCGAUACAAAGUAUAUUCAGAACAAUUGUAUCCCCUCGCAGCCACCGAUCAGCGGCUCAUCGACGGCAAAAUCUCCACCACGUGGUGCCAGCGACAAGUCGUUAAAGUAAACACGACAUUCAAUGCUUACUUGAUUAAUGGAGAUCCACAAAUGAAAGUAGAGACAACACCGGUGUCCAUGACGAGACAUUUGGUACUUGAAGAUGAUAUGAAAGAAUAUUGGGGAUUUUACCUCCUCAAGGGGAGUAGUGUCACCGUAUCCACCUGUGUCAGAUGGCCAGGUGCAUCGUUGACGAUAAUCCGAGGUCAUAAACACUUGCACGAGUGUGCAUUUAUUGGUGAUGACAGCAGCGAGGAAUUAGAGGAGCUUUUGGAAAUAGCGGAGGAACAGGGGCUCCUCAAUGGCACUGGAUAUCCCCUUAAUCAAAAGACCGAUGGACCGAGUAAUGAGCCGGAUAAGAUGAAAAAAGCCGACCAGGACGUGCAAUUCCACCACAAGGGAAAUGCCCCCCAUUCCAAUGGAACUCUUCCCCGUUUGAUGUCAGGGCACCACUACACGAGUCACGAGCUAGGGGCCAAGGAGAUGCGCCAUAUCCUGACGAACCUCUUCGCCAAGACUCUAGUAGCUAAGAACAAGCAGAAGGAAAAUCCCCAUCACCACUACGAGGGAGUCUACAGAGAGGACGACAACAUCGAGAAACCGCCACCAGCUCAUCCCGAUGAAUUUCUGUGGGACCUGGAGACCGUGGAAAAAUUAUUCCCCCGAAAAACAGCAACAACAUCAGCACCGACAACCACGGAGUCAUCAACAGAAACGAUGACAUCUCCAGAGAGUCUCCAGGUGGGGGAGACAAUUAAAGGACCUGGGGCCCCGAGGACAGCGUCUUCUGAGGUCCUUGAAGAUGUCCUCAAGCGAAUUGAUGCUCUUGGGGAUCGAGGGAAACGAGUCCUGGAGCAGUUGUCGCUGAACCUCAGGGAACGCCAGAUGAAUGAGAAUAAAGGGAAUGAACCGAACAAAAUAAUUGAGACUAAAAGAGAAAAGAGACAGUUGGUGCUGUCGUCGGCUUCAUUAGUGGACGAAUUAACGAGACAUGAUGCAGAGGAAGAUCUUGCUGUCGAGAAGGAGGACCUGCAUCCUGAUGGUAUUGCAGAGGACAGGGGAACCGUUAACGAGUCCACGUUGAAUGACAGGAGUAAAUCCGAAUUCUGGAGUUCCUUCAGCAGCUCUGAGGAACGGCUUAUGGAGUGCAAGGGAUUGAUUCUCAAUUUGCCAUUGACUCCUCAUCAUCAGUGCACACCGAAAUAUGAGAAGGAGCACGUGAAGGCAGCUAUUGCUAAUACAGUCACUUAUCGAGUUCCAGUGGACGGUUACUACUUCUUCGUCUUCAACUCUGAGAACGAACUCCAGGCGAAUUACGUCCGGGUAAAAUUCGAUCUUGUGAAGACAUAUUACAACACAUCGAAUCCAGUUGCUGCCUGUCAAAAUACAACCCACGAGUGUUCACUUCCCUUCAACUUCUUCAGUUGGGAACGAACAGUCCUGGAACUCCCCUUCAGUGGUAACGACUCCCAGUGGAACGAAGAGUACAUUGUGGUCUCACAGUGCGAACCCCGAACUGCUAUUUACCUCCUCUGCAUGAUUACAGUUCCACUUCUGAUUCUCCUAUUCGCUUUUCAGUGAUUCCAAUAAUAUUUCAUCUAAAAAAUCAGCUCUAAUUGCAGUGAGAAAUCAUUACUUCGGUCGAAUGGAUUCAAGUACAAGAAAAUACUUGAAUCAAGUACAUUUUAUACUUGAUUGAAGUACAUUAUUAGCGUUAUUUUAAUUAUACUCCAUUUUCGAUGAAGUUCAAUGGAAAAUUAAUUUUCUCACGUUUCUAAUAACAAUUACGAAUUUUCUAGAAUCAAAUAUAAAGUAUACUUGAUUCAAGUAUUUAUUUAUUUUCGUGAGUCUUUCAAAUGUUCAAGUGGUAGAAGAGAAUUUGGCUGGCAGGCGUAAUAGCUUUUUGGUUUUUGAAUUUAUUAAGGAACUUUUCAGCAAGUGUUUUAUUUCAGUUUUUUCUUCAGUUUUUUUCCAUUACUCUUUUUUUAGUCACAGCUUUUUUUUAGUUAUUUUUCCAUGAAAGUGAAGUUAAUUGGCUAGUGAUGAACAGUAUUUUACGGUGAAUAAUUAGUGCUUCAUAUAAUUGUAUCUACACAUGUGCCUGAAACAAUUAGAAUUACUAUAACGAUUACCUCAUUAAUUAAGGAAUUAAUGCCAUUUGUUACUUGUGAUUGAAAUUAUUUUAUAAGAAAUCUAAUAUAAAUGAGGAAAUAAAAAUUAAUUAUUAA